UAAUUCACAUGCCCCAGCCCAUAACUCCUCUACUUGAAUCCCAUCAUCCCUUUGCCUUUCCAAAUUUCUCUCCCUAUUUAAAAUCAACUCAGCAUCUGAUUCAACUAUAGAGAAAAUAAAGUGAAGAAAAAUACACAAAGGCAUGGAAGCUGCUCUGGAGUUGGAGGAUGAUGUCUUCUUCAAAGACUUGAGCAAGCAAAUAUCUCUCCUCAUCAUGGAUGAUGAUGAUCAACAACACUCUCACUCUCAUUCACACUCUCCACCAUUUAAUAGUCAGGGUUUAACUCAAGCAAACAAUCCAGCAACACAAAGUUCAUCAUUUUUCAGCUAUGACCAACACCAAGCUAGCAAGAGGGAGAGCAAAGGCACCGGAGUUUUCAUCCCUCGUUCCUCGUUGAAUUCCAGACGAAGGAGUGCGAGGCAAGCAAGAUUCAUGGCAUCUGCGAACAAGUUUCAGAGGCCAUUUGAUCACGGCUCGAGAGGGCUGUCUCAUGACACCCUCAUCAAUCCAUCAUAUGAUCAUUCAUUUAGAAGAUUUUGAUCUUGGCUUCUUUAUUGUGUUGGUGUUUCAUGAAAUGUGAUGUAUAAUACAAAUAAAGAAGAGGUUGGGGAAUUUGUUGAUAGAUGCAUAUUUGUUUGAGAGAGGUUCCAGUAAGUGUUUAUGCCUCUCUACUAAUUAAGAAGUGUAAUGAUUGUUUUUAGGGUUUUUUUAAUGAAUAAUACAUACUACUCCGUAUUUCUAGGUUA